CAGGGAACAGCGUUUAGCGUUAGAGCUGGGCGCUCAUCCUCCUCCUCAUGAGCUCCUCACUGUAGCGUCGUGCUGAAACGCAAUUACAACGCGAAAAUGGCGUCAGGGUUCAUUCAAAUGUUCUGUUUACUUACUGUAUUUCGCUACACACUUGCUCCUGUCACUGGGGUCAGAGUGCUGAUAUAUAUCUAGCCAGCUAAUAUACGUUAGCUAGCUCAGUUAGCCAGCUAAGCUAAUAUACCAGGCAGAUAAGCCGCCAGCUGACAGCUAAAUGCCUCAUUCUGCUUUAGUUUCUGUACAUUUUGCCCUCAUGCUCGUCUUAUUUGCGUUGGUGUUUCACGGUUAUGUUUACAAUUGAAUGCUAGCUGCUUGUUCUUCUGGCACUUAUACACUCCAGCUGCUUUAAAGACAUGUAAAAACCUUUGUGUUUAUGUGAAAUCAGCCUGAAAGCCACGGGAUCAAGCAAACGGAAAUAUGAACGAUGCAGAAACAGCCACUAGGAAGCAUGCAAGUUCCCAAGAGUUGCAAACCCCCAAAAAUGAGGAUGCAUAUGAAAUCUCCAUCCCAUUUGAGGAGAACAACUAUGAACAGCAGGGUGGCUUUUACAACCAGAAUGAUCAAAACUUCGACAGUCAGUGCAAUGAUCCUCCAGCUCCUGCAAGCUCAUACUUGCUGAUCACGAAUCUGCGCACACAGCUGCAGAUUUCUCUGGAAAAGAACUCGUGGCUGCAGAAACGCAUCGAAGACCUGGAAGAGGAGAGAGACUUCCUGCGCUGUCAACUCGACCGCUUUAUAUUCUCCACCAAGAGUCAGGAAAGCAACGGUAAUGAUGCUCGCAGUUUCUCGUGGAGGAGACGACGAGAGAAUGAACGUGAACAGCAAGCAGAGGUUCAGCGUUCAGCCAACCGUCAGUCCUUCCCACAACGGCCUGCUCAGCAGCCUCCAACUAACGCCAAGGUCAUGAGCACUGGUUCUGGGCCAAUUAGUGCCCAGAUGAGUUCCAUGUUUGGUCCCUCCCACUCUCAGCCUCUCCUACACAGCCAUGGAGGUGGAGGUAGCAGCAGUGGCAGUAGUAGUAACAACAGAUCUAUGAAUGAUCUACCAGAGUCACUCUCACUUUUGGGAGAAGACGAAGAAUAUUUGGAGGACAGCUACCUGGAAGAAGAUGAAAUUAUGUCUGGGGAGGAUGUGAUGCCGGAAAACAUGACUAUAAGGAAUAUGGGUGCUCCUGGGAGGCCCCCUGGGGGCCACCCCGCCCUGAAGAGGAGGAGAGUCUUCAGAAUAGCCAGAGGCAGAGAGAGACAGAGAGUGAAAGAUGCUGCUGGGGUGUUGUUCCGCUAUAAGAAGAUUCUGGUGACGUACCAGCGGCUGAAGAACAUGUCCAAGGCCUUCCAGAUCCAUGGUGUGGACCGUAACACAGUGGCCUCCACAACCCCCAUUGCAGAGCUGCUUCUUGUGGCUCCAGAGAAGCUGGCUGAGGUAGGCGAGUUCGACCCGUCCAAGGAGAAGCUGCUGGACUAUGCACGGCGUUGCUACAUCGCUUUGGACCCCCAAACCCGCAGCAAAGUUCAGGCGCUGAAGAAGAACAAUCUGCUACUCCCAAUCUCUUAUAGGUUGAAAGGAGCUGAUGGCCGGUAAUUGGUCGGGAGCGAAUGAUUUCUGACCUGUUGUAUCAUAGAAUCCCUCACUGUAUUUUAAUGCACCAUAGAGCACAUCUCCACUCUGUCACCCUCCAUCCUGGUGUUAUGAUCAGGUGUACUCUGAAUCAAACUGUACUGUAUUACCUCUGUUCUUCUCCACAGUGCACACACACAGAGCUGAAAAGGGCUGGGCUUCCAGGAAGACUGUUUGGUAGAUACUGUCACUUGUAUAUAGACGUCUGUAUAUUGUGAGAACUGUCUGUCUUGGGCAUGAGCCCUGUACCCUAUAUAGUUCUGUGAUGUCCUGUGUACUGAAGUACUGUAUCAGGGGGUUCUCAGCUACAUUCCAGAAGGCCAGUGUGUGUUUCCAUCUAUGUGUGUGUAUAUGUUUGUGGUACAUGUCCCUCAGCACUUACCUUGUGGAUGAACUGUUCAGUGCUAGUCUGAGGAGUACACACACACCUGUGCUCUUUGUUUUAUACUGUGCUAAACUGCACCAACUCAGACACUUCUUUUCUUUUGGCCUGUAUGGCUUCCUCAAGACGCAAUCAUUUUUGGUGCAUGUAAAUCCCUGACUCGUGACCUCUCUCUUUUUAGACAUCACUGACUGUCGAGCAUGAGAAAAAUGUAUAGAGAAACCUCAGUUAGUAACUGAGAUUACACCUGAGCAACAAGGAAUGGUACAAUAGUAUCACAUAGUUCAGAUGUGUAUGUGUAUAGCUCAUGUGUGUCUGCUACGAGUGUAUCUGAAUGACUUGCUGAGUGUGCGUCUCAGAAUUGUGUGUGUAUGGUUUUAAAGCAUAAUACUCAUGACUACUCUGAUUUCCCAUAGUUCAGGGAAAAGGCAGAAAGCUUGCAGAAACAGCACUAUUCACCUCGAAGUCAUCCCCAUCAUUAAAUAGUGUAUUUGUACCUCUGAUGUUAUCUUGAUGUUCGUUACCAUUGAUUACGGGUUGGGGCUGCUGCACAUUUCAGUUAUGCCUCAGGAACCAAUCAAUUUCUGUAGACGUUUUAAACUGUAGAAGGAUAGUCUAGUUAUUCUGUGAAGGUUGAUGUCUGUAGCGAUACACUCAACAAUUUGUUUCUCUCUUUUUUUUUUUUUUUUUGUAAAUCUAAAUGUUUUAUCUCAUCAUGAGCCAAGAAACUGUUUAUUCAAUUCUGUUUUUGUCAUGCUGAAACAGAAACAAAAGAAAUGUCCUGUUGAAUUGUCUGAUUAUAAAUGACACUAAAGUGAUUUCCUACUGAA